UAACACCACUUAAUGUUAGUUAACAGUAGCUAAAUAGCUACACAUAACACGGAAAGUGUUGUGAAAGCUAGCAUUAGCAUUGAGCAUUCGUUAUGUUUCGUUAGACUUGCACUAACAGUUACUGCUUUACCGAUUUUGACAAGACUACGUUGGCUAGACUAGCUGACUAUUUCUAUGACUUACACAUGUGAAAUGUGUAAAAUAUGGCAUAGUUGGGUAAUUAUGAGUUGGGUAACUCGUUAGCAUACCUUAUAACGCCAGCUACCCAACAAGUAGCUUGCUAGCUCUAGUCUAGCAAGUUACCUUAGGCUAGCUAUGCAGCGGAUUUCGUUGGAAAUGAUUCACUCUGUAGCUGUAUUGGCUAGGUUCCUAGCCACUGCAUAUGCUUAUAAGAAGUCCGUUAGUAGCAAGCUUCAUAUAACUACAAAAUAUUUUGCUUAUUCUCGGCAAUAUUUUGGUAACCGUACUUGGCUAGUGCUGAGAAGAACAUUUGGCUCGAAUGCGCAAAAUACAAUCUGCCGAGGUUUAACCAUGAAUAAAAACAAGCGGGACAAGGAGUACUACAGUAUAGAUGUCGGGGAUUCAACGUUCACGGUUUUGAAACGCUAUCAGAACUUGAGACCCAUCGGUUCUGGGGCGCAGGGGAUUGUCUGCUCGUCAUAUGAUCACAGCCUCGAUCGAAACGUCGCGAUUAAGAAACUCAGCCGGCCUUUCCAGAACCAAACGCACGCCAAAAGAGCGUACCGAGAACUGGUGCUAAUGAAAUGCGUCAACCACAAAAACAUCAUCGGCCUGUUAAAUGUAUUUACGCCACAAAAAACACUUGAAGAAUUCCAAGACGUUUACCUGGUGAUGGAGCUGAUGGAUGCUAACCUGUGCCAGGUGAUUCAGAUGGAGCUGGACCACGAGCGGCUGUCCUACCUGCUGUACCAGACGCUUUGCGGCAUCAAGCACCUCCACGCCGCGGGGAUCAUCCACAGGGACCUGAAGCCCAGUAACAUCGUGGUGAAGUCGGACUGCACGCUGAAGAUCCUGGAUUUCGGACUGGCCCGGACGGCGGCGACGGGGCUGCUGAUGACCCCGUACGUGGUGACGCGCUACUACCGGGCCCCCGAGGUCAUCCUGGGCAUGGGUUACCAAGCCAACGUGGACUUAUGGUCUGUGGGCUGCAUUAUGGCGGAAAUGAUUCGCCACAAAAUCCUCUUUCCAGGAAGGGAUUAUAUCGAUCAGUGGAACAAAGUGAUCGAGCAGCUGGGAACGCCGUCCCAGGAGUUCAUGCUGAAGCUGAACCAGUCGGUUCGGACCUACGUGGAGAACCGGCCCAGGUACGCCGGGUACAGCUUCGAGAAGCUCUUCCCCGACGUCCUGUUUCCUGCUGACUCAGAGAACAACAAGCUCAAAGCGAGCCAGGCGAGAGACCUCUUAUCCAAAAUGCUGGUGAUAGACGCGUCCAAGCGGAUCUCUGUGGACGCAGCCCUCCAGCACCCCUACAUUAACGUGUGGUACGAUCCAACCGAGGUGGAGGCGCCGCCGCCGCUGAUCACGGAUAAGCAGCUGGAUGAGCGGGAGCACACGGUGGAGGAGUGGAAAGAGCUGAUCUACAAGGAGGUGCUGGAGUGGGAGGAGAGGAUAAAGAAUGGACUGAUCCGGGGACAGCCUCCAUCUUUGGGUGCAGGUGCAGCAGUGACUGGCCCCUCCCCCUCCCGCCCCCGUCUCCUCCUGGUUCCGCCGACGCGUCGCCCCCGCGCACGGACCCCGCCGGCGCCUCGGACACGGACAGCAGUCUGGAAGGUUCCGCGGGGUCGCUGUACUGCUGCGGGUGACCGCCCCCUCCUUUAGGCCCCGCCCCCCGCUCGUACCUGCCGGGUGAGGCGGAGUUUAGGCCAGUUUUUAAACCCUCCUACAUCCCUUCCCACAAUUCUGCUUUCAGGCUGUAAAUAACGAUGCCAGGUCUUCGGUUUCUUUGAAACGCGCUGAGAACAUUUUGAUUUUAAACAUUAAGGAGUCCACUGAAUGUGAAUAAGUUUCUUCAUUUUAUUUUAUUUUUAUUUUUUACUUUUUUGUCUCUGGCGAUAGAAUUUUGCCAUACUGUAGUAGAGUGAUGAAGAUCAUUUGUAAGGAUAUAAAGGUAAAUAUAAUUUUAUAUAUUUAAUUUUUUGUUCUUUUUGCUUGCGGUGUGGCAUUUUCUAAAUCACAUUUUGAGCGAGCACCCGUUUGAAGAGUGGCAUUAGCCUUCUGCAUUAAAAACAGAAAAAUGAGAACAUGAUACUUCCUUUCACCAUCACACGUUGGAUAUUGUGUCAAGUCCACAUAUACAGACAUUAAAGAGUAGACAUUGAGAAGACUUGUUAAAUAUAUCUAAGGACUUUGUUUGGCUUUACUGCUUUAUUGUAGUAAAUUCUCCAGUUUAGGUAUGUUUUGUACAUUAAUUCUGAUCUUGCUGGAUUCCUCUACGUGUUUGUUGUUGUGAAUCUCGCCAGGAAGCCUCUGACUGGUUAUGUAUUGCUGGUAAAAGUUGAUUUGUUCAAUGACUACUUCCAAACACAGUGAAAGCUACAUUAUAAGCCAUCAAACCUAAGGCUAAUGUGCUAGCACAGAGCUCUUGCUGCUUGUUUCUCUGUACCUGCUAGCUUUGCCACUCAUCUCUUCAGAUGAGUCUUGCAUUAACAGGAAACAUAUUUUGGAACCACUUAAAAGGUGCUUUGCCAAACAGAUCAGCAAAUUGGAUGUCAGGAACGUGAACUGAUCACUUGAUGGUAAACGAUUUGAAAAAUAGCGUCAGUUGUAACGUCAGUUACAUAACGUCGGUUACAUUCGGUUGGUCGGACAACAAGCUUUACAGGGCUGUACAACAAGGACAUAUUUCAGGUGUAUUUUCAGGUUUAGUUUCAGGUGUAUUUCCUCUUGUUGCCAGUUUUAAGUGUUACAUACUGUGUCAAUGUGUUGCUGAGAAUUUUUUUUUUUUUCAAUUAAGAAACCGUGGUUUAAAUUUUAUGUAUCAUACUUUUACUGUACCAUUUUGCAAUUUGGGCUUUCCUAGUUUAUGGAAAGGCUGAAGAAGCCCCAAGAAUAAUUCAAAUACAGUAAGCAGUAAUAGACCUAAGUGCUGGGUGCAUUAUAAAUUAAAACAAGCACAUUCAUUUUGUCUGUCCUAUGCUCCCAACAAGGAGUUGAUAAAAAAAUUUGUGACUAAAUUCUGUCAAAAUUGUAUGCAAUAAGAAUAAUAAUAUCCUUUUUUAUUUCUGGAAAAGUGCCUGCAGCUGCUGUGUAUUCAUUCCUGAAGUACCAGAGGAGCAUUAAAGUUUUUGAGGUACACAGUUUGUGAAAGUUGUACUGUUUCCGGAAUAUUCCAUCCAAUCUGAAGUCGUUCUUAUCACAGCGGUAUUUCUCGUACUGCAUCGGUGCGACUCAAACGUGAAAGUGGCGCUUUGACACAAGGACACACGGCGUACUUAAAAACGGUGUAGCACGUUUUGUUUGAUCACUUGGGAAGCCUUGGGGCAGUUUUAUCAAGGUUUUUCAUCAAAGUGAGCUAGAUUGGCGACAGGGGACGUAGUCUUGGCACUGAAACAGCUUUUGGCAGUGCUUUAGUUCCGAAUGCUUCGGGCAUAUCCAGUGGAGGUAUGAAGUAGCUACUUCUUUUUUUUGCAACUUUAAAAAAAAAAGAAAAGACUUUAAGCACAAACCACUUUGAAUAGUGUCCGGGGUUUUUUUUUCAGAGCACUGUGUGGAAUGUGCUGUUAUUCACUGGGGUUACGGAAAUGUGGAGAAUGGUAAAGAGAGUAAAACACUGAAUUGAUUUGCCUUUAUGAGGGAUUAUGAUGCUACUUAUCUGGGCCAGUACACAGGACAGUUCCUUUAACCAGGAGAUUUUUUCAUUUGCUUUUAUUUCAAGUGCUCUUCAUUUCUGUCUGUUUUGGGGUUUUUUUCUAGUGCUUCUGCUGGAAAUCAAUUAGAAAGUUUGCCUAUUUGUUUUUUUUUUAAUCACAUAUUGUAUCAGAAAAUGUAUGUUACAAUCAAAUUUAAAGUGAGCUUUGAUGAACUACCUCACACUAAAGUUUUUGAAUAGUCCUAGUACAACAUUAGCUGCCUGCAUUAUUAGUUGUCGAAAACGAAUGUGAAACAAAAACAUUUAUUUAUUUGAAUUCAUACUAUUGUCCAUGUUAGGAAACUUCUAGCAUUGUAAUGUAACUAUAUACUUCAAUUCCUUUUUGUUUCUAUUUUUUUAAACGGUUCAUGUGCAAUAUCUUUUAUUUGUACAGGUAGUGAGCCAUAGACAUCGGCAUUUAGAUUUUUUUUUGUAGGAGGUAGAGAAAUGUUUGGUAUUGUCAUCCAUGUAUAUAUAUUUUUUAAACGACUCCCCCCCCCCACCACCACACCGCCCCCACCCCCCAAAAAAAUUGUAAUGAUUUUGUGACUUAGUACAGUCGUUAUUAAUGUAAUCAGCCUUCCUGCUCCUGUUUCAGUACCAUGGCAACAGUGGGGGAACACAACGCAUAGCCAGAUAGAGUUUGUUCUAUGGUAAGGCCAAGCAACUAAACGAAACGAUUGCCUAGAAACAAGCACAUGUGAUUAUGGUUGCUGGUUUGUAAUGUCUGCUUGAUAGGCCAGCUGUGCCGUUUAUUUAAAACAACGCAACAAAAAAUUAAAAGAAAUUACCACAGACGACGAGCAUUAUUGGGAUAUGUGCACUUGAAUCCAGUAAUGCCAGUCUCAGUCACAGUAUUGCAAAUAAACGGUUGAACAU